AGGAAUUAGGGACACUUCUAUUGGUGAAGAAUAAUUUAAGAGACGAAGACUAGAGUUUACUUACAGAAGUCGUCGGACAAUAAUCAACUCAACAAUUCUUGAAUCGGAUUCUUCACAGCAGCACUGGUAACUGGCUUUUGAGCUUUAAUGUAUUAUAUAUCGAGAUGUGUUAUGUGUAAGUAAAUGAAUAAGUCAUGUUUUGUUUCUUUGUGUCGUCUAUUCAAGUAUGGGAGAGGAUGUGAUAGGGCACAAUAACGGUGAAGGAAAAGAAUAAAGAGAAAGUAGCGGAAACUUCAAAGCAGAAGCUUAUUAAGUUAAGAGGCACAAACAGACUAAUGAAGAUGACAAAAGUGGGCUCUGAAGGUGAGAGGAAGAAGCUCUCAAAGGAAAACGCCUCCAUUGGUGAAGGUAAGGUGGGCCGAAACGAAUUGACUUCUAAAGGGAUAGCUAAGCAGGAAACAAAGAAAGUGGCCUCAAAGAAGGCAGCCUUACAAGGCAAAGGUGUGCCUGGUACGUUCCAUAGGAUAAAGUCCUCGAGGAAAGCUGAGAUGGGGAUGAUCUUCAUGUGCAACUCGGAGACAAAGAGGGACUGCUACCGCUAUAAGGUUCUAGGAUUGCCAGAAAACAGGAGAGAACUAGUGGGAAAUGUGCAUAAAGGAAUGGUACUGUUUUUAUAUGACGUUGAUUUGAAACUAAUGUAUGGGAUCUAUAAAGCUGCUGGACCUGGUGGGUAUAACAUCGAACCCAAUGCUUUUAACUCUCAGUUCCCAUCUCAGGUACGGUUUAAGGUCCUGGAUCGUUGCAAGCCCUUGGCUGAGGAAAAUUUUAGAAAGGCGAUUCAAAAGAAUUAUUACACCCAGACAAAGUUUGGUUGCAAAUUGACGUCUGAACAGGUCCAGGACUUGUGUAAGAUUUUCAGAGCUGCUAGUCGAAGAUCUUCAGGCAAGGCAGUGCAGAAAGAUAGGAUUGGGGAGCAUGGGGUUGGCUAUAACAAGAGGCGAGCUGCAGUGGAGGAGCCACGAUAUCGUGGGCAUCCUUAUGGCUACGAAAGGGAUGGGGUUGCAUUUCGAGAGGCUCAAAUGCGUCGGUUUCCAGCUACUGCUCACUCAUAUGCCCAUGAGAGGAACCCAGAAACCGAUACUUACAGAAGGCGCCCAUCGGCAAAAGCCCGUGAUGAUUCUUUUAGACAUGACCGGGUGGAAGAACCGUGGGAGGCUUAUGAGCAGGACCUGUUGCUAGACCAACUCCAUUAUUAUAGACAAGAAGCUGUACCAGAGAGCCACACUUCUUACAGACGGGAUGGAGUGAUGGACCGCGAUGACCUUCACCCCUUCGAUUUCAACCCGAGGUGGGAUGAUGAUGAUGAUGAGAUUAGGAACCACAGAAGCUAUGAUCACUAUUCUUCAUACCGUGAAUGCUCAUCAUACCGCGAUCCUGAUUACCGAAUGACUCCUCCAGAACGUUUCUCGGGUGAAUACAGCCCUGCAUAUCGUUCGCCCAAGUACCAUUCCGGUUCACGACUCCUGCCUGAAUACGGCAAUGCUGACUUGCUGCCGGAGUAUCGUGUGUCCACUGCCCUGUGGCGUAGCCGAUGUUAGUUUUUUUUU